UUCUGGUGAUAAUGGCCAACUCCAUCCUAGCAACCCAGGUCUUUCACUGAAAAUCUGUCAGUUGAGGUACACCUGAUAUGUGAUUUAAUUGGCAUUCGAAACCCUGUUCAAAACUCAAAUUUCUUGGCCUCGUUCAAAAUUAAAAUAUGCCUCGCCUCUCCGUGCUGUGCGGGAUGUCGCGUAGAAUCAUCCGCUUCAGUAAUGUUCACAGAAAUCUUUGGCGACUAUUGUCCGACAGUUCUGAUUCCACCAUUAACCCACCCGUAUCGGAGCUAUCGGAAAAUAAUGUGAAGAAGUUUAAAAAGGAAACGCAGGGCGAUCACACAGGUCACCUGUUUGUGUGGCCGGAGGCGAAGGAAGAAAACGUGCACCAUGUUGAAGAGAUCAAGGAAGACAGCAAUGACGAUAUUACCGCAUCUUGGGGCUGGAAAAAUGACGAACUUGACGUGGAGCAAUUGGCAGGACUACCAGGCCCUAGUGAGGUGGAGGAUCCAUACCGACAGGCGAUCAAUGAAUACGAGGAUGAUCAGUUGCAUUUCGCUGAAGAUGACCACCAAUCAGGAAUUCAAGAAGAAUUACAAUUCGCAAGAACGCGUUUCCUGCGGGAACAGCUUACCCAGAAUCAGGACUCCCAAGAACCUUUUACCACCUUCGAGAAAACUUCUCUCACAUCCGUUCGAGAGAAUGUGGACUUCAUGAUGCAAGAGCUUAGUCAGAUUUCACUUAUUUUGAAUACUUUGGGAGAAGCUGAAAACACAAUGGGAAUGGUUAACUCUGAGCCGGAAAUGGCUUCCUUUACACUCAACCAACCCAAUAUAAGUGAGAGUUUGGAUAAUGAGGAGAUAUCAAAUCCGUCUUUGGACUCAGAGUUAAACAGUGCUACGCCCGAUCAAUCUGGGCUAGCUGUUGCAGAUGAUGAGGUGAUUUCCAAUCAGUCUACGGAGGUCUUGUCAGAGCUAAGCUGUGCGUUGUCUGAACCAUCUCGAUUGGGUUGUGAAGAGAACUGGGAUCAUAGCGCCAAUGCGAAUCCGUCUUUGGAUUCCGAACUACCCAGUGAUAUCUCCCAUCAACCCAUGUCGGAUCAUAAGACGGAAGCAAUUCAGUCCUUGGAUACUGAGUUAUUCGAUGAAACGUGUGAUCAAUCUGGUUUAGUAGUUACGGAGUCUUUGAUUUCGAAUGAGGACAUCGGGGAAGAGCUGACAACGGAAUCUCACGAAAUCGAGCGAAUUGUAUCUGCUAGCGAUACUCAAGAGUCCAGUCCUUCAAAGACUAAUCAGAAUGCCCCCCAGACUGAUGACAAACAGGAUAUUCAGCCGAAGGAGACCAUACACACCUACAGGCCCUUUAGGACCAUCGAAAUUCCUGCCCAGAAGCCCACUAGUAUGCCUAGAAGCCUAUGCACCGAGUCGAUUGAAGAGCAGCCCUUGAUCGAGGAACCCCAAUCCGCCACUGGUGUCCAUUUAGAUAGCGAGGGGUACAAAGUUUCUGCCCAGCUGACAGAGUGCGAGUCCCGCCUACUUAUGCGCAUGGCUCUGACGCAAGCUUUAGAGGAUCUGGAGUCUGGCCAAAACAAGUACAAAGCAACCAUUCUGGAGGCCGAAACAGAGUGAUAUAGGAGCACAAAUAACCGAAAAUAAAUAAUUACUUAAAAUAAAUAAUAAACAAGCGUA